CGACAAAGACGAUGUUCUUGAUGCAAACUCCUCCCUUGCUACUACUACUACUACUUAUCUUUUCUCUUGUUCUUCUUCCCUAAAUCCUUUCUAAUUAAUCACUUGUGAGCUUUUCAAGUAUAUAUAUAUAUACUUCAUGGAGAAAAGCGGAAGAAGACUAAAACUGAAGAUGGACCGGGUGACCCAGAUUCAAGCCGCAAGAACUCGAGGUCCAGGGAACAACCAGUUCUGACCAGACCUCCAUGCCGCUGGAUCGGCUCUCGCCAUCCAUGUUCCCAACCAUUGCCAGAGAUCGAUUCUAACGAUGUCACCACCGGCACGUUUUUGAUUUGGGGUAUUUCAAAAACCCUAAUUUAUUUGUUUCUCUUUUAUGAAUUCUUAUCCAGCUUUAAAGGGGUUUUUUAAAAAGCUGAUUAAUUGGACAUUUGGUUUUUAAUUUGCAUGAUAUUUGAUUUAAUAGAUGAUAAUGUUCUACACUGAUAAAUUAUUGUUAGAGUUUGUCAAUUUGGGAUUCAUGGUAAACGGAAUAUUGUGUUGCCUAAAAAAUUUAAGCAAAAAUCAGAUAGAGAUUUGUCUCCACCGUCCAUCGUCAUCAGUAUGUCUGUGAUUGUGGUAUGUACGAAUCCCUAAUCUCUUAUCUUUAUUCAUAGCAGCUGGCGAUGAUAUAUUAGGUAGUUUGGAUUCGGAACUGUACAUCAGUUGCGUUCUGUCCGAGGACGGAAAGAGAAAACAAGCUUCUUUUUCCCCGCUGGCAUCCACAUCAGUUCCCCAUUCCACCCGCUGAAGAUGUUUUCCUAUUAUCUCGCCGACCCCUAAUCCCAGCCGCUGAGCAUCUUUUCCAAUUACUCGCCGGUUACGCAUGAUUGUCAUGAAUGAACGAGGAAUAACUCACCGGUUACGCAGCCAAUUAACUCGCGGGGAGCUGCGUGUUGUGCCUUUCCCGCUGAACUCAAUCCCAUGGGAAUUACACUACGUAAACAGGGCGUUUAAGGCAUGUCUACUUUACUGGGGAAGAAGAUGGAUGAUCACAUAUCUAUCCAGAGACUUACACGUGAGUCUAACAAUUGUGCGAUUAAGGCGUGAGUUUCUCGAUUGUGGGAUGCAUACAUUUUGAAGAACAAGAAAGAUAUAAUCAGUACUGAUAUGGUCUUGAUUGAUGUGGAGGUACUGCUUUAGGUUUUCCUUUUAGGACUGGUUAUUUUUUUUCUAACAUGUGUUCGUCUUACUAUAAAGGGCUUUUAUAUUCAUGCAUCAAAGGGAGUUGGGCACAUGCAUUUCGUAAUUCGAUUGUUGAAGGUAGUGUUUAUUAUAUCAAGAACUUUGUUGUUGUUGAUAACAAGAACCGGUAUCGUGUUGUGGGAGACAACAAAGUUAUGAUCCAACUGUAUGCAAACUCUACUGUCAAACGCCUUCUUGAUGAUACAUCCAACAUCCCAAUGCAUCGCUUUGACCUACUACCCUUUGAUAUGGUUGAGACCAGAAUGAACCAAGAAUAUAUCCUUACAUGUUUUUUAGUCGUUGCUCGAGUUUAUUUUUCAUUUUAGUCUGCCUUUGAACAUACAAACAGCUUUUACAUAUGUGUAGAUGUAGUUGGUCACAUUUGUAGUGAGGGCANGAUAGAGGAGAAGCACAUUCAUAACCGUAUGGUGCCUUGCCUUAUGCUAGAACUACAGGAUAGGAGGUAAGUCAUGCUUGGAUAUAUGAUAUCAACAAGAACAAUGGUUGGUAUUACAAUUCAUGCCGUAAUUGCAAACGGUUGAUCAAAGCAUGCGGAGACAAGUUUUGGUGCAAUAAAUGCCAAACAGUAGUGGAUGAUGCUGUUCCGAGGUAUCGUCUAGAUGUUGGGGUGAAGGAUGAUAAUGAGUUUACAAGGUUUAUAAUCUUUGAUGAGGAAGUUGAAAAGAUUAUUGGGCAAUCAGCCAUAAGCGUGUAUGAUAUUGAAGACAAAAUUGAGGGAAAUGAAUCGGAGGGAGAGUUGCCAGCGUUGCUUGCCAACAUUAUUGGUCGUCGUUUUGUUUUCCGUGUCAAACUUACCAAAUACAACAAGACUGCUUAUAAUAGGUUUUAGGUAUUCAUUCUUUCAUGUUGGCCAAACCUAAAGAAUUCCAAUUGUAAUUUUCAUGAAGAUUAGGCGCUCUUCUUCAGUCAUGUGUUCUGUCACACCUUAUGACAGCCGGGUUGGUUUCCUCUUUACCUUGGUUUUUAAUGAACUUACACAUACUAUGUCAAUUUCAUUUCUACUUUCAUUUUCUUUACUUUCAUUAAGUUUAAUUCAAAUCUUCAGAUAUGUUGACUGUGGCUUUCUUUACGUUUACCCGCGUACAUUAUGGUGUUCAAUGUCAGUUACUUUGAAUGACUAUACUGAAGUGUUUCAUGUCUGAUAGGAAGUUCAUACGAUUUUGGCAUACCUUUGGUUUUUCCCAUUGGUCUCAGGAGUACUGUGGUUUGGGUAAUUUGGUUCCAACAAACUGCCACUUUCAUUGACAACCUUAAUCUUUACAUUCCUUGCCAUACUCAUUAUUAAUGAAACAUACUUCACUUCUGAAAUCAGUGACCUGGCUAUUUCGACUUUUAAAGAGGUGACCAACAUAGACAUAUCCUACGUAAAUUUGUACCUGCUACCUUACAUUAAGGCACCUGUUGAUUUAACUUUUCUUCCUUUUCAAUUAUGGUUUAAGAAAGGCCUAAUGUAAUACUGAAUAAAAUGAUUUACCUUAAUUAGAAAAGUGCAUUCCAUAUUCUAUCCUUCCUUUCCAUGUAUUAUACUUGCUCCCAUGUACUGACUUAUUCACUAUACCUUAUUCCAUUAAUAAUUAUAGUAUACCACAUGACAUAUUGCCAUUUUUAUAACUGUUAAUUUAUUUAGAUGUUCUUCCUAUUAAUAGUAACCAUAGCUUUUAACUUUGUUUUAAGAUGCCCCAUGUUUAUAGGUUUUGGAACUCAGAAUUGGUUUCUACAAGAACUCAUGCUCAGAUUUUGGAUUUUGCUUCUAUAUACCCUUCAUUAAUGAAAGUGCAUAAUUUAUGUUACUGCACUCUGGUUUAUUAAUAAAAAGAAAAAAAUGCAGUGGUAGGUGUUUGUAUAUGGGUCCCCAUGUAAUAGUUAUUUCCUUCACAGUGAGCUUUGUUCAAGGUUUAGAACACUUUGGUGGCUAAAUGAUCUGAGCUAUAAUUUGGCAGGGAAUACAUAACAAUGGACGUGUUUGCAGCCAUGAAAGUGUUAGUGGCAUACACACGACAAGUGAUAGAUUAUCAUCUCACUAGAGGACACAUUACGAUUGAAUUGUGAAUUCUUUGUUUUUCCCCCUGGAUUUGGAUCAAGUAAAUGAUACUCUGCGGUAUAUUCUAAUAUGCAGUAGCAUCUCAAAACUAUGCUGAAGUAUUUCAUGUCUGAUGAGAAGUUUAUACGAUUUUGGCAUACCUUUCGUUUUUCCCUUGGCUGAGGAGUAGUAUGAUUCUACCUUCCCACUGAUAGUUGUUGAACACUUAAAGAUGGACUAACUAUUUUGGGGGCCUCUUAAACAUGGCUUCUUCAUACUUAUUUUGUUUGAGUUUUUUGCUUUUAUCAUAUCUUCAAUGGCCUUCAUGCACAAAGGCAUCUCUGCAUGUUCAUUCUGCCACCUUGCGCACAUGUUUGGCUAGAAAACUCAAACAUGCCAGUGAAUUUUCAAAAGAAUAUUUCACGCAAGGGAACUCUUCUUAUGUACCAAUUCUAGAAGAAUUGGCACACAACGGGAGGUUCCUGAACACUGGGUUUCCGAAGCCGUGGGCCAUAAUCACGCCUAAAGACGAGUACGAGGUGCAAGCCAGAGUUUGGGGGGUGAAAUAUUUCAAGAACAAUUUUGAUCGGUUGGUCCGGGUGAAGACCAUGGUUGACCCCCAGGAUUUCUUUCGCAAUGAACAGAGCAUACCGCCCCUGCCGGCCGCCACCACUAUCCAAUCCAAUAAUUUUGAUUAGAAGGAAGCAAGGAAGCAAGCAAGAUGCAUGUUAUGACGAGAUAUGAAUCCUAGCUAUUUGCUUUAUAUUUCAAAAAAUAUAUAUUAUAUUGGAGUAUAUUACAGAUGUGUCUCUUACCUACAAUUGAAUAAGAUGCACUUGGUUAGGUUGCCUUGAUCAAUCUUUCUCUUUCAAUUUGUGGAGUAUAAUAAUAUCAAAAAUGUCAU